GCAAAGGACCAACGCGGCCGGUGGAUUUUGUGUUGGAGGAGACACGAGUGAAAUGGAUUGUUCCUCUCCCGGACGAUCCUUUUCUGAAAAGGUAUGCGUUUCUAGAAACGAACUCAAAUAUCGUUGCGACGCAAGGUCGCAAGACAUCUGAGUUUGAAGAGUACCACCGUCAGGAAGAAAUCGAGAAGACUCGACACACUUAAUUAUCUAUAUACAUUGUAUCACUAGUAUUCCUUGAUUAAUAACAAGUAACGGUAACGGUCGAUAGAAUUGUGAAUGUGCUACUUUGAUGAUCAUGAGGCUGAGCAAGAUAGGACGAAUAUGGUGCGGGAUAUGACCAAUCACUCCGGGGCCAUAUCCAUCGGCGCUCGGACUUACAUCCAUCUUCAAUCACAACAACGACACGAAAGCCCGCUGGCGGCGCUUACUCCUUCUCUACUCUCUAUCACCAUCAUCGAUUCGUGUAGCUGUCUUCCAUUUACGCCACGAUGUCUUGGAAACUCGGAAAAAAAUCCAAGGACAGCAAGGAGAAUGGGGUCAUCUCAAGAUCUGUCACUCCCAUACCCUCUCGACCUACGACACCGAAGCCACCUAUGGGAUCUGAUCAGUUCAGGUCUGGUAUGCUAACCAUCCGUAUCUUCUCAGGACGCGGACUUUCUUUGCCUCCCAAUGUACCCGUUCCGGAUGUCAUACAGAGAGCACUGGAAUCGACACCUCCCAUCCGGAGAUCGACUAGCAACAGAGAGAGUAUGCAGCGCAAACGUUUCUGGUGGCUCCCUUAUGUGGUUCUGGAGUUUGACAAGAACGAGAUUCUCAUUGAUGCUAUGGGUGGUGAUUUGGCGAGCCCGGUGUGGAACUACAGGGCGGAUUUCGAUGUCUCACGUACUUCCAAUAUUUCCGUCUCUGCUUACUUGCGUACGGCACCCGUACAAGGACCAGAUGAUAUGGGAAAUGACCUUCUUUUGGCUCGUGUUGACCUUACGCCAAUGCUGGAUGGUCAUCACGCCUCAGAUCAAUGGUACAUUGCUACAGCUGGCGCCGGUUCUUUCCAUCUCAAGAUCGAUUUCAAACCAACCCGCAAAGAGCCCUCACGAUCGAAGCCUUUGACCUUCUCAAAGUUAUCGGGAAAGGCAGUUUCGGCAAGGUCAUGCAGGUCCGGAAGAAGGACACGCAACGUAUCUACUGCGCUCAAGACCAUUCGCAAGGCGCAUAUUGCCCAGAGGCCUGGGGAGAUUACCCACAUCCUUGCAGAGCGGACGGUGCUAGCAUUAGUCAACAAUCCGUUCAUUGUGCCCCUCAAGUUUUCCUUCCAGAAUCCGGAUAAGCUCUAUCUUGUCAUGUCAUUUGUCAAUGGCGGAGAAUUGUUUUACCAUCUACAGAGAGAAGGCAAAUUUGACCAGGACCGUAGCCGUUUCUAUGCGGCAGAACUUCUUUGCGCACUGGAGCAUUUGCACGGCUUCAACGUUGUUUAUCGGGAUCUUAAACCAGAGAAUAUUCUCCUGGAUUACACUGGGCACAUUGCGUUAUGUGAUUUUGGUCUUUGUAAACUCAACAUGUCCGAGACGGAAAAAACAAACACAUUCUGUGGCACUCCGGAGUACAUUGCUCCCGAACUCCUCGAGAGUCAAGGCUACACCAAGACUGUUGAUUGGUGGACUUUGGGUGUAUUACUGUAUGAAAUGAUGACUGGCCUCCCGCCAUUCUACGAUGAGAAUGUAAACACAAUGUAUCAGAGAAUUCUCACUGAUCCGCUUCACUUCCCACCUGACAUGUCUGCGGAGGCGAAGAGUGUUAUGACGGGACUGCUGCAGCGAGAUCCGUCUCGGCGGCUGGGGGCGAAUGGAGGCGAAGAAAUUAAGAGGCAUCCAUUUUUUGCGAAGUAUAUUGAUUGGAAUAGGUUGUUGGCAAAGAGAUACCCGCCGCCAUUCAAGCCGAGUGUUGAAUCUGUGCUUGACGUUGCCAACUUCGACCCCGAUUUUACGAACGAGGAGGCGCAGGAUUCGGUUGUCACGGAUUCCGCCCUUUCCGAGACUGUUCAGGAUCAGUUCAGGGGCUUCACAUACAAUCCGGCAAAUGAGCACCUAAGCGAGAGCGUGAGCUAUUCCAACGGCAUGUAAGGAGGAAGGUCCUCUCCCGAGAAGAGUUUUUUUUCUUUUUGUUUAUGUUAACACUGAUUGAUACCCACCAAAAAUGAUUUCACUGUAGAGUGAAUAGUUAGCUUCGCUUCGUUCGCUGUAGACACUUUUCAUUGCUUGUCGUAUUUAAACAGGCGUCUGGAACCACCUUUUGUAGGAUAUGGAAUGUACGUGACUACAUAUAUGACACUAUCCUGUAGUUCAACAGUAAAUGUACAUCAUUUUGUGGAAACAGGGUAUCAAUGGGGUAGA